AUGCCGAUCCUCCCCCAAACACAGGUGGGAGGUAUAGGAGGACCUCAAAGCGCUGCCACAAUUUUCCAGCACAUACAUGAGCUAUGCUCAAAACGAAUAUCAACCCUUGAUUACCUGCGUAAAGCACAUGAAGGCCGAGUCUAUUGGUUUAAUACGAUACGUUUUUCGAAAAGUGACCUCUUGAAGAUGCCUUACUUCGAUCCCAAGAGACUAUCUCGCCGCGCUAUAAAUUAUCUACUCCUUGGACUUUCACUCCCUCCAAUUUUAGACGUGAACUCAACACCGGUGGAAUACCUUCGGGCUCUUCAUGCUCUCCUGAUUGAAUUCGAGGCUUUCCAGCAAGUCCAUUCACCAGACGGAAAUUCUUCGUCAAAUCUUGUGAGAGCAAGGCUACCUCAAAUGUUUAAGAGAGCAGCACAUACAGGGACAAAAGGCAGAAGAACAAGCUCCGCCACUGAGAUAGGUCUACCUAUGCAUUUCAGCGAUUCUUCCGAUGUCAAGGCGAUGACAGGAAACCUUGCGUCUUCAGCUACCGCUGCAUCAGCGAUAACAUCAAUUCCAAAUACAGAUUCCUCAGAUUUGCUUCCUGGCGAAGAGUAUUCAUAUCUACUAACGCCUUCCCUCCCCUUCGACCCUGAUUUUUUUGAAACAUUUGCAACAUUAUGCGACGUACUUAUUGAUUGCUACACAAGGCUUAUAAGCCUUAUUUCCAGCCCUGCUAUUUGUACUUCUGGCCUAGGGGAGCUUUUCACCAAGACCGAUGCCAAACUUCGGAAGGUUAUGGUUGCAGGCGUUGUGAGGGAAUUCGAAGAUGCAAGCAGAAGUGGCGCGAAGAGCGAGCUUGGAGGUGUUAGUCGGGUUGUGCUAGGCGGUCUUUUAGGAUAA